CCUAUAUGUCCACCGGAUCAUUGAUCCGUGGUCUAAGCUUGUCGACUGCAUUUCCCGUUUGCAGCUGAGAAAAUGGCGUCUCUCACGGGUAUCCGUCUUUUAAUAAGAAAUACCGGUUCUUUUAAGAAUUCGAUCGGUCGAUUUUGUUUACGUGCUACAGCCACGCAACUUCAAUCAACUGAAAGAUGUUUUCAUGGUAAAAGACAAAGUACCAUCACACUUCUGCCACAGGACAUUCAGGACACACGAGUCAAGCAGGUGCGCCUCUACAGCCAUAAGCCACCGUUAACACUUGAAUUUAUUCGCCAGCGAGUACUUUUAGUACUUAAUCUCUAUGAUAAAGUUGAUCCUAAGAAGUUGAGAUUGGAGUCCCACUUCAUGGAUGACUUGGGCCUGGAUUCCUUGGAUCAUGUAGAAAUUAUAAUGGCAAUAGAAGACGAAUUUGGUUUCGAAAUACCGGACAUGGAUGCAGAGAGAUUAUUACGACCGGCAGAUAUAGUGCGUUACGUCGCGGAUAGAGAAGACAUAUACGAAUGAAUAACAUUAUAACUUUUAAGGAUGCAUUAGUCAAGUUUCCCAUUCUCCAAGUAUUGUACAAAGAAAAAGAAACAACGGAAUCCUAGGGUUGUCUUGCAGAUCGCAUAUUUCUGUUUAUCCUGUAUAUACAUUAAACAAUUAUUACAAAUAUAAGCCCACAUAUUAAAUUAAA